UGUGCGCGGGCCCGCCAGGGUCAGGGGGCGUGUCCGGGCCUCUGCUGCGUGUGCGGGAGGUGUGAGGCUGAGUUAGCAGCGGCACCUAAGCAUUGGCUGCUUCCUCUGAUCUGUGACCUAUUGUUAUUACCAGCACUGUUUACCUGCAGCAGUGGCUGUCACUUAUCUGCCCAGCUGUAGCAUCACCUCCAGCUGUACAUGCACACGGAGCAGCACCUGCAUCAUCCUGAUUAUCUGGGCAUGUACACAUGGCUGCAUUGUCAGAUUUUAGCUAAUAUCAAAUGUAUUAUUAAUAUGUAGAGGGAUUUCAUGUAAUCCCUAUUUGUGACGUUCUAACAAUCGCUGGUCACCUACCUGCAUAGGAGCAUCAUUAUGAGGCUGUGCAUUCAUCUUCUGAAAAGCACCAUCCCCAAUCAAAUCGAGUACUACUCCAAGUUUUCCCCCUCCCCUCUCUCCAUCAAGCAGUUGUUGGAUUUUGGGCGCAACAAUGCUUGUGAAAAGACGUCUUACCUCUUUUUGCGGAAGGAGUUACCAGUGCGGCUUGCAAACACACUACAAGAGGUCAAUCUGUUGCCUGAAAGCUUGCUUCAAAGGCCAUCUGUGAAAUUAGUACGGUCCUGGUACAUGCAGAGUUUUCUUGAACUUUUAGAAUAUGAACAUAAGAGUCCUGAUGACCCAGAUGUCCUGUAUGACUUUUUGAACAUUCUGAUCCACGUAAGAAAUAGACACAAUGAUGUGGUUCCUACCAUGGCCCAAGGUGUGAUUGAAUACAAAGAGAAGUAUGGGUUUGAUCUACUUGUCAGCAACAACAUCCAGUACUUUUUGGACAGGUUCUACACCAAUAGAAUCUCUUUCCGCAUGCUCAUUAAUCAGCACACUCUUCUGUUUGGUGGAGACAUAAACCCUGCACAUCCCAAACAUAUAGGCAGCAUUGACCCUUCCUGCAAUGUGCCGGAAGUGGUAAAAGAUGCCUAUGAAACUGCAAAAAUGCUGUGUGAGCAAUAUUACUUGGCUGCUCCGGAGUUGCACAUUGAAGAGUUCAAUGCAAAAUAUCCAGGUAAACCCCUCCAGGUGGUCUAUGUGCCCUCUCAUCUAUUUCACAUGCUGUUUGAAUUGUUUAAGAAUUCAAUGAGAGCAACUGUGGAGCGACAUGAAGAAAGUACGGGAUCGCUGCCUCCUAUAAAGACAUUAGUCACACUUGGAAAAGAAGAUCUUUCAAUAAAGAUCACUGACCAGGGAGGAGGUGUGCCACUGAGGAAGAUAGAUCGUCUCUUCAAUUACAUGUAUUCCACAGCACCCAAACCCAGCCUGGAGCCGAGCAGAGCAGUUCCCCUGGCCGGUUUCGGUUAUGGAUUGCCCAUCUCCCAACUCUAUGCUCGCUAUUUCCAAGGAGACCUUCAACUCUAUUCCAUGGAAGGUGUGGGCACUGAUGCAGUUAUCUAUCUAAAGGCUGUUUCUGGUGAGUCGUUUGAGAGACUGCCGGUAUUUAACAAGUCAGCGUGGAGACACUACAAGAACCCUGCAGAAGCAGAUGACUGGAGCAAUCCAAGCAAAGAGCCGCGGGAUGCUUCAAAGUACAAGGCUAAUUAAUGGAAAUAAAGGGGCUAUUUUAAGUGCGCAGUCAACAGCAGCUGGUAGCAGAGGUGGUCAGAUCCCCAGGAUAUAAAACUGAAAAAAUAUUUAAAAAAAUGUGUACCAGCGCUGGUACACAUCUUUUAUCUUUAUUUAAUUAAUGGAAAUACUUUGGCCUUUACUUUCAAAGUGGCAGUGGUCUUUAAGUAAGGUGUUGCCAUAGUUGUAAAGUGACCAUUCUCCUAUUGGUCAGUAGUCUUACCUAAGUGAUAAGUAGAGGUGUCACAUGAUUUCUUAUAACAAGUUUAAGUAUUAAACAAGUCCUGUUAUGCCAGUAGCUCACAGCUCAUGUUGCACUUACUGUGGCUUCUUUAAAAUAAGACGUGUAACCAACACUUGGUUCAAUCAAACCAGUUAGGUGACGAGAACAAGACAAUUUGCACUGCUUUUCUUCAUAUAUGGAAUUAUGUAUUAAAACGGGUUACUGCUAUUUAUGGUAGAGCAUUAUUUUUUUUCAAUGUAAUCUAUUGCAAGUUCUCCCUUUUCCUGAAAUGAUGAACACACGUUUCAUGCAGUAGAUAGGUACAAUUACAGCUUCCCUUAAGGUGUGGAGUAAUACACUCCAGUCUUCGGUGUGAUAAUAUUAUGCAAUGUGGUGCACUAUAAUUACCUUCAUUAUACAUGUGCGCACUAUGUUAAUUGAGCAUAUGUAAUAUGUGUGUGUUGCCUGUAAGGCUUUUUGGCUUUUUCUAGUUAUUGUGUUUAGCCCAUGAUUUGCAACACUCCUCUAUAUUUUAUUUUUUAAGUCUUGUUGAGAAGUAUGAAAUACUCUUCUAUAAGGGAAAGGACUGUUGUUCUAAGCUGAUCUAUACAUGAAGGAGCUGUGCUGCAAGUGUGUUUUAUAAAAUGGUUCACUUCUGUUUCUUUUGCCUGUUGUCCUAAAUUCAGUCCCAUGAAGUGAAAUUGGUUGAAUUUAGCAUGAGGGGAAGAAAAAAAAAAUCAAAAUUUUGCCACUUUUAGAGUAUUUGGUUUAUUUACAUGUAAACGUUUCAGGUUUUUUUUUAUAUUGCUUGGAAUUUAAAAUAUGAAUAGAAUCCUUGCUGUGGGCCGCAGUGUCACACGGGCGUGUGGGGUUGGGGAACACGUUCUGACACAACUGCUCACAUCCGUCAUCCACACACGCUGUGAUGGCUACUGGUGAGGCUGGGGGCUGUCCAGCAGCUCCUGAAGUGUUGGGCAAACCUCUAGCAUGAUGGAAACAUGGGGCAUGGAUCUCAGGAGCAGUGUUCCAAUUGAGCCCACACCCCUUGUUUCGGGACGUACAUUUGUCCCUCCGUGACCUAAAAGUUGGGAGGUAUGGAAUAUAGAUCUAAUAUUUACAGGUAGAAUAAUUGUAUCUAUUGAAUUUACAGCCGGAAUUGCAAUAAAAUACUAAGGGGGAUAUCCAAUUAGCCCCAGUAAUUUACUGGGGCUAAUUGUCCCGCCAGGGGCUAGCUAAUUAGCCCCGAUAAGCCGCGGCACGCGCCGGCUUAUCUGGGAUUUUGUUUCACCUGCCUUCGGCAGGCGAAAUAGAAUCCCCGGAAACAGCACGGGGCUGUUUCACACGAACACACAGGUUUCACUGAACCUGUGUGUUUUCGGGAGAAGGGUUUUUUUUUUUUUUUACAGGCGAUCCAUCUGAAUAGCCUGUAAAAAAAAAAAUCUGUGAAACAUCGGAAAAAAGUCAGAAAAACGGCCGUUUUUCGGACCCGAUGUUUUACCGGGGAUAAUUGGAUAUCCCCCUAAACUUUGAUAGUAAGACGCUCCUAUGUGAACAAACUGCAUUAGUUUCGAAUGGUAAUGAACAACUUACUUCAGUAUAAAAACCUCAAACCAAAGAAACUUUCUUUGUAACAUCCAUUUCAUAAAUUAAAAUAUUAUAAUACAACAGUGACAUGUAGUCAUGCUUUCAUCCACGUUUGUAAGUAAAGCAAGUAUGCACACAACUGGGAAAAACCAUGUUACACUGCAGGUGGGGCAGAUGUAACGUGCAGAGAGAUUUAGAUUUGGGUGGGUUAUACAAUUUUUCUGUACAGGGUAAAUACUGGCUGCUUUUUGCAUGUAGCCCACAAGUGUUAGCUUUAUUUUUACACUGCAAUUUAGAUUUCAGUUUGAACACACCCCACCUAAUAUUGUUAAAGCAAAAUGAUUGCUUUUAGGAAAUAUAAGCAGACACAAAAAAUGAAGACAAAGAGAUAUAUCUUGUUAGACAGAAGGCGACUAAGAAGGUAAUCAGAUAUGCAAAGGCACAAGCUGAGGAGAAAAUGGUCCAGUCAGUGGGUAAAGGAGGCAAAACUUUUUUUAGGUAUAUAAGCGAAAGGAGAAAAGCAAAAGGCGGAAUAAUACAACUAAAGAGAGACUUGGGAGUCUUGUUGAGGGAGACAAUGUAAUGGCAGAACAUCUUAAUAAUUAUUUUUGCUCAGUAUUCACUACAAAAGAAAGGGGAAGGGGCCACAGUUAAGUUGCAGGGAUAUUCUGGAAAAUGAAACAAGUACAUUUACAGAGGGGAAGGUCCUAACAGAACUCUCAAAGCUGAAAGUGGACAAAUCUAUGGGGCCAGAUGGGAUACAUCCAAGGAUACUAAAAGAACUUAAAGAGAUGCUGAUAGCACCAUUGACAGAAUUAUUCAACCAGUCAGCUACAGGAGUAAUUCCAGAGGACUGGAAAAGAGCGAACGUAGUCCCACUGCACAAAAGUGGAUUCAAGGAAGAGGCAAACAACUAUAGACCAGAGAGUCUUACAUCAGUAGUAUGGAAAUUGAUGGAAACACUCUUAAAAGAAAGAGUUGUAGAUUAUCUCAAAUCCAGCAAUUUAUAGAAUCCCAAACCGCAUGGAUUCACUGAGGGGAGAUCAUGUCAAACAAAUCUUAUUGUCUUUUUUGACUGUGUGACUAAAGUGGAUAUAGCUUAUCUAGAUUUUAGUAAGGAUUUUGACACUGUUCCACAUCGCAGACUGCUAAAUAAACUUGAAAGUUUGGGAUUGAAUACUAGGAAUAUUGAUUGGAUAAGAUCUUGGUUGCAGGAUAGAAAACAGAAAGUUGUGGUAAAUGGAGUGCAUUCACAGGAGCAAAAUAUUACCAGUGGAGUACCCCAGGGAUCUGUACUUGGAUCAGUGCAUUUUUAUUGGUGACAUUGCAAAUGGUAUUUAAGGGAAAGUAUGCCUCUUUGCAAAUGAAACAAAGGUAUGCUACAAGGUAGACACACCAGGUGGGGUAAAACAAAUGAUAGAGGAUCUAGGUAGACUAGAAGAGUGGUCAAGAGUGUGGCAAUUACAGUUUAAUGCCAACAAAAUGCAAAAUCAUGCACUUGGGUCUCAAAAAUCCAAAGACUAAAUAUAGUAUUAAUGGCACUAUACUGGAAACUACUGAGGAGGAAAGGGAUCUAGGAGUCACUAUUUCAGGUGACUUAAAGGCAGAUAAGCAAUGUAACAAAGCAAUGAGGAAGGCUAGUCAGAUGCUUGGCUGCAUUGGGAGAGGAAUUAACAGCAGAAAGAAAGAAGUAAUAAUGCCACUGUAUAGGUCAUUGGUACGGCCUCAUCGAGAAUACUCUGUUCAAUUCUGGAGGCCAUAUCUUCAAAAGGAUAUUAAUACAUUAGAGACUGUACAAAGAAGGGCAACUAAAAUGGUGCAUGGCCUACAUCACAAAACAUACACAGAAAGACUAAAAAAAAUCUCAAUAUGUAUAGUUUGGAGCAGAGAAAGGAAAGAGGGGACAUGAUAGAAACUUUCAAAUAUAUCAAGGGUUUUAACAAGGUCCAAGAGGGAAACAUUUUCCAAAUGAAGAGAAGCAAUAGGACACGAGUACAUGCAAUGAGACUGGAGGGGGGGGCGGGGGUUCAGGGGAAAAUUGAGGAAAAAUUACUUCACAGAAAGGAUAGUGGACAAGUGGAAUAGCCUCCCAUCAGAGGUGGUAGAGGCUAAGACAGUAGAGCAAUUUAAACAUGCAUGGGAUAGACAUAAGGACAUCCUUACAAAGAAAUAAGGAUCAAAUGAGGUUUGAGAUUUAAAAAAAAUAUUGUAAAAAAAGGGGAAGACUAGAUGGGCAAAGUGGUUCUUAUCUGCCGUCAAAUUCUAUGUUUCUAUGUAAAUCUAAGUCUCUCUGCACAUGUUAUAUCUGUCCCGCCUGCAGUGCAUUAUGGUUUUGCCCAUGCGUGCUUUUUUGCUUUACUUACAAACAUGAAUCAGCCCCAUUGUUAUUAAUCUAUUGGGGUUUAUUUACUCACAGUCCAAAUGUUUAGUAAUCCACAGCAAACAAUUCGUCAAUUUCUUUCAUUGAUCAAUUCUGACUGCCGUUUGGUGUUUGUGGUCAUUAGUAUAUAAUCUUCUAUACUUUAUUCUAAAGCAUUCAGUCUUGUAAUUCAGUAGUACGUAAUAUGCAGUUGCAGUUCAGGUCAGUUCCUCUCAUCUUGCUGCAACCAAAAUGCAGUCCCGCAGUCUAAUUGCAACAUUCAGAACCAGUUUUAGAAAGUUGCUCCUGUUUUGUUUUAUAACUGUUUGUGUUUUUAGUUCUGGUUAGUAAUGGCUACCAGUAGGAUUGCCAAUCUAUUCCUUAUUUUGUACUGGGAUAUUAGCCUGUACAUUAUUUAAAGCUGCAAUCUGUCAUGCUCUUUUUAGAAUAGGUUUCGUUGAUUUUUCUUUUUCUGCCAUGUACUUAAUUCAAUUUUUUUGAUCAUAUUUGUGAUGUUGUUCUCUAGGGUCAUGUAUUAUUUAUAUUGUUGAGCUUUUCAAUAAAGUGGCUGCUUUAUUCCCUGAAAUAGUUUUUCCUCCUCUGGAUUAAUGUGUAUUCUAUCACAUUAAAACAAAAUUCUGAAAAAUAAUAAAAAAAACUAUUUUUUUAAGAA